AUGAAUUUGGAUCCAGAUCUCGGCGAUUUGGAGGAGAUGCUCGCUCACGUGCAAACGCAGCUGGAGCACGAGAUUGAUCUCGAGAAGGAGUCCAAGAUGCCUUCAGUGGUAAACGUUCAGGAAUCACCAAAGCCGAAAAGGACUCCGUCGUUUAAUAAAGCCGAUUCGUACGAGAUUCGUCGACAAGCACCGAGGCCUCCAUUGAUGAGGGUGAACAGUGACAUAAAUUCCGGCAGCAAGUCCCUCAAUGGUGAAACCAGAAGUCAGUACAGCGUAGAUCUCAACCAUAACGAAAAGCUACGCGGAUCUCAAACCAGUCUCAAGUCUGACGAUGCGGUGUCACAGAUCUCCUUCCAGUCUUUUCGGUCUGAGCCUGUUCAGAGGCUCUCUAUGCUCAGUCUGCCUGAUAAGCGAGGUUCGUCUGCUUCUCUCAACGGGAAGGGGAGAACGGCGACCUUACCGAGAGGCUACGGUUCAACUAAGGACAAGAGUUGGGAGGACUACUGGGCGCACGAGCAAUCCAUAAGCAGUGCCCGCGCGUCCGUGAUGGUGUACGACGACCACGCCAAGAGAUGGAUACCUUCUGGCUCCAGCUCUGGCCUGUCUAAGGUCCACAUCUACCAUCACACACAGCACAACACCUUCCGGGUGGUUGGGAGGAAGCUCAAUGACCAUGAGGUGGUGAUAAACUGCGGUAUCGUGCGCGGACUAAAGUACAACCAGGCGACGGCGACCUUCCACCAAUGGCGUGACGCGCGUCAGGUGUACGGCCUCAACUUCUCGUGCAGGGAGGACGCUGACAGCUUCGCGAGAGCAAUGAUGCACACGUUAGAGAUCCUAGCGAACAAGACGAAUACGAACAACGUGCCGCCGCCGCCGCAGCCGCCGAAUCCGCCGGUGCCGUACAACGGGCACAACAACACGCACUACGACGAAGACAUGGGGUACAGGACGAUGACCCGAGAGGAUGCGGCAAUGCUCCAACAGCCGCAGUACCAUGCGCCGCACAACCAGAUCCAGCAGCAGCACAACCCGAUACCGCAGCAGCACAACCCGAUACCGCAGCAGCACAACCCGAUACCGCAGCAGCACAACCCGAUACCGCAACAGCACAACCCGAUACAGCAGAUGCAGCAUCAGCACAUACAGCCGCAUCCGCAGUACCACCAGCAACCGAGCCAGUACCACGCCCCUCAUCAGCACCAUCAGUCCGCAUCCCAGCUGUCAACUGUGUCGACCGCACCCCCCGCACCCCCGCCGCACGCGCCGCACACGCUGCCGCACGCGCCUCACCCCCCGCCGGGGCAUCACCGCACCAGCAGCGCUCCUAUGCCUCCUAACAUGUCAUUAACCGCUGUGAGCGCACCGCCACCCGUCCCGCCGCAUCAGAACCUACCUGCCCCAGCAAACGGUCCUUUGCAGGGUCCGAUCGCCCCGCCGACACCUCCGGCCGCGCCACAACCUCCACCAAUGCAGCAACAGCAGCAACAGCUGCAGCCGGUGCAGCCGGUGCAGUCGGCCCCUGCGGCCACACAGGGUUCAGGCAGCGCGCCGCCGCCGCCCCCGCCGCCGCCCGGCGCCACCGCGUCGCCUCCCCCUCCUCCCCCGCCGCCCGCGCCUCCCGCGCCCCCUGCCGACCCCGGCGGCUUCGCGGCGCAGCUGCAGCAGGCCCGACUCAAGCGCCAGGCUAAGCAAGCGAGCGCGAUCGCGAACUCGGAAGCGGCGUCACCCCCAGGGGGUGCGAGUACAGGGGGUGCGGGUGCGGGUGCAGGGGGUGCGGAGGGUGGCGUGCGGGCGGCCGGCACGCUGCACUGCAUGAUGCACGAGAUGGCGCGCACGCUGGCCCGCCGCCGCGCGCACCUCGAUCGCGCUGAGGAGUCAUCCGCCGACAAUUCAGCAAACUCCACACCGCUGAAGACGUGGGAGAGAUCCGCGACGUUACCGCAUCGACUGCCCGCCGCAUGUAAUGGCAACACUCCCAAUUCGGAGUCAGUUCAACAACCGCCACAGUCGCCACGUUCAGUUCGGAAACGGUUCGGCUCAGCCAGCGAGGAGACCAUACUCAAGCAAGUGAACGGCGGCGAGGGAGGCUGCGUCACUGCGGCGGAGUGGGACGCGUUUAAGCAGGAGAUGCUGCGGGAGAUGAGGCAGCAGCUGAAUCAGAUCAAGAAGGAGAUCUUAGAUGCAAUGAAGGCGGAGUUCGCGCGCAGGUAA